UUGCAGGCAGAUUUGCUCUUGUUUCUUGAAGGCUGCAGUAGCAGAGGCAACAUGUAGAAGAUGUGGAUCUUUCCUCGUGACCUUGGAACUGCAGGAUACUGAGGAUGCUCAGGCCCAGGCCUGGAGUGGAAAGAUUUUCCCUUGGGAAAGGAAAAAGCCGAACAAGCUCUGAGCUGGUAACAAUCUUGACAGGACAAGCGAGGGCCACGUGGAUGUUCAUCACGCCAGCUGCUCUCCGGUGGCAUUGAAGCCACAGCUAGGUCUGAAACGGAGAUAAAGUAAGAAUUAACAGAUAAACAAAAGAGUUUGCUUGGUGAUAAAAGGUCCUUCUUGGGUUUUCCUCUGGUUUCCUUUUGUUGUCCAAUGAGAGAUUUUGGAGGUAUGGCUAAAGAGUUAAAUGACAGCAGACACUCCACUUUAUUCUAGAAAAGCCUGGUCCCAUCUGUGAGCAGGGGCGCCCCUGCGCUUUCCCAGGAGGGGUGCUGGACCUUCUCCUCUCCAGAGGACACCUGCCAGAGGGAUCAAUUCUUGAGAAUUAAGGACUGGACAAAGGGACACCCAGCUGAGGCCGUGUGAGGCAGGUGACUGGUAGAAGACAGAAACCUGUUCCUGACUAUGUCGAGGAGAAAGCUGGAGAAUAAAAGCCUUUCUGGCUUGCUAGCCACAUCUCUGCAGACACAAAUCAAGAUGGACAAUUUCCACAAUUUUUAUGUUCUUGAAUCAAAAGAGCUGGGAAGAGGAAGAUGUGCUGUGGUCAGAAAGUGUACAGCUAAAUCCACAGGCCAAGAGUACGCAGCUAAAUUUUUAAAGAAAAGAAGAAGAGGUCAAGACUGCAAAGCAGAGAUUCUGCAUGAAAUUGCUGUGCUUGAGUUAAUGAAAUCUAAUCCUCACAUAGUUAAUCUCCAUGAAGUCUAUGAAACAGCAAAUGAAAUAAUUUUAGUGUUGGAAUAUGCUGCUGGAGGAGAAAUAUUUGACUUGUGUGUCCCAGAUCUGGAUGGCAGAAUUGGUGAAAGGGAUAUCAUAAGACUUAUAAGACAAAUACUUGAAGGACUUCGCUGCUUGCAUGAAAACAAUAUUGUUCAUCUUGAUUUAAAGCCUCAAAAUAUUUUACUGAGCAGCGUCAAUCCCCUUGGUGAUGUAAAAAUUGUAGAUUUUGGUAUGUCUCGGAAGCUGGAGAGUUCUAGUGAACUGCGGCAGAUCAUGGGAACAACGGAGUAUCUAGCUCCAGAGAUCUUAAACUAUGAUCCUAUAACCACAGCUACAGAUAUGUGGAACCUAGGUGUAAUUUCAUACAUGCUGCUGACACAAGAAUCUCCAUUUGUGGGAGCUGAUAAUCAAGAAACUUACCUUAAUAUAUCUCAAGUUAACGUGGAUUACUCAGAAGAAACAUUUUCAUCAGUUUCACAGCCUGCCAAAGACUUCAUUCAAAAACUUCUCAUAAAAAAUCCAGAGGAAAGACCCACAGCAGAGGCCUGUCUUUCUCAUUUGUGGUUGCAGCAAGGGGAGUUCAUACUCCUGUGUAGCCCUGAAGAAACUUGUUGCUCUUCUCUGAUGCCUGGACACAUAGCAAAAUGCUCAGAGGAGCGAAAUGCAAAAUCAAGUUGUAAUGGUACGUGUAGCAAGAAGGAAGACAAAGAAAACAUUCCAGAGGACAGCAGUACAGUCUCCAAACGCUUCCGAUUUGAUGAUUCACUGCAGUAUCCCCAAGACUUCAUGACAGACUUCGUAUGUUAAUGGGCUCUGAGGAAAUAAUGCCUAUGUGAAGUUUUGACGUAGAGCAAAUACCAGUCAUGCCUUAACAGCCUGAAAUGAAUACUGACAAGAUAAAAUUCUAAUUGUAACACUGGGGCUGGAAGUCUUUGUGUGUAGGGAAUGUAUUAAAAUUCUACAUAUUUUGAAAAUGCACUUUAAAGUACUUUCGGGUUUUUCUACUCCACAGAGCUUAGACUUAGUCAUCUUUGAUUUGGAUUUGGUUUGUUUUGUUUAAUAAAAUACUACAAUAUGAUAAUCUUUUUCAGGUGUGCCUGUGAACUUGUCAAUAGUUAGGCAGAUUGAGAUUUUGCAACAACACAUGAUUGAGAGGUGAAUUUAGUAAGUGGUAAAAGGUUGUAUUUUAUUUUUCUUUGCACAAGGAAGGAAUGAGGUUUUUUUACGAAUAGAUUUCAAUAUAAGGUAUCACCAUAGUGCAUGAGGGAAUUCAGGACUGUUGUUUUUAUUUUGCAUGAUACUCAUGUCAACAAAUGAAAAAUUGACUGAGGUGGAAGGUGUGUAAGACUGUUUGUCAGGAGAAGUAAAAGUUUUUCAAGACUUCAUCUCAUGUGAAAUGAAGUAACAGAUACAUUCAGUAUGGAUGAAACUCAGAUGCCUAGUGAACCACAUCGAGUCUCCUUUAUGUAUUAAUUAUCAUGUAACCUUUUUUCAGUGAUACUGAUAAUAUAUAUAAUUAUAAAAUUACUUUGCUGGAGGCAGUUGCUGUGUUGUGUUCAGGUACCUUAUACCUUUUCUUGUUUUUUCCCAGUUGGAGUCUUAGCUAAUCUUUUGGUUUUUUCACCAGCAUGGAGUCUAAUUUGAACUGGGUAAAUUAAAAGUAUGAAUUAUUUUAUACAUACUCAGAAGUUAAAUGUCACUUAAGAAGAAAAUGUCAAAAAGUUUUAAUGGAUAAAGGCAAAAGAAAGAAUGUUUAUAAAAUUGUUAACUUUUAAAAUUCUGCCAAAAUAUUACUGAACUGAAAUUACAACUGGGAAGCUUGUGAAAGUCUUUGUGCAUGAGUAUUCUAUUUUUAAGAUGUGUAAAAUAAACCUGAAAGCAUGUGCCAGCACUUUUUGACAAAGUUUUUAUUCCUUAAGAUUUUUAUCAUUGUAUCUAAUGUUUACAUUUCUUACUACUUUUGAAGCUAACUUGUAUGUACAUGUAAAUAAAUGAAAAUUGUUCUUAUCCAAGGAACUUAAGUUUUGAAUACUUCAUUUGUACUUUAUGUAAACUUAAAAUAUACAGUGAAGCAAAUUCUGGAUUAGUGCAUUAGAUUUAUUUAAAAAUAUUAUUGUACAUGUGUAACUUCAAUUGAAUGUAAGUACAUACAUGGUAGGCAAUUGUUCGCUCAUCUUGCUUCCUGCUAUAUUACUGGGAAUCACCACAUGUAAAUGAGUGAUGAGUAACAUUUUUAGAUUACUGAAUUCAUGUUUCUAUGCAGUUAAUGACCUUUUUAUAUUAAAAAAUAAAUGAAUAAACUUGGUCUUUUUUCAAAA